GAAUCAGCUCACGCAGAGGCGAAGAGCCUGGCGUUGACCACAUGCGUUCUUAGUGUGCUUUUUUGUUAAAAAAAUCCUUGGAAAUGCUCAAUGUUUACGUAAUACAUGACUACGAGAUAACUAUCGAAUAAUAGUAAAAGGUGUCCAGUGAAAAGUUUGGUUAAUAAAUUGAGUUGACGUACUGUUUGUAAUUUUAUUGAACAACUUGAAAAAUUUCUUGAAGAUACUCAGACUAUCUAUCUGCUGUCUCUUCACAUACUUUGUGAUAAUUAUUAGAACUUAAAUUGGCCACCGCAAGGAGCAGCACUGAAGCACCGCACGACCGGGGACUUUUGCACGUUUGCCUGUAAAGUGAGUAAUUAUUGUGAAAAAUCGUGUUAAAAAAACCUACAAACAGUCAAAACUUUUUACAGUUGUGAAGAGUGAAAAUUACUGAACAUUAUAAGCUAAGAAUAAUCAUACGUCGAAUUAUACAAAGUGAAUAUUCGUUAAAGAAUAAUUAUCAAGUGUGACCAUGCGUCCGGCCAGUAAAAGCAUGGAUUCUGGAUUUUGAAGUGAUGGAAAAGUAAAAUAAAGACGCCGAAUUGAUGGUCAACAUCGUGAAUUCGAGGAGGCCAGGCGUCUUUGGUCGUGAAACAAACGUGGCCUUAUUCCUCGAUUAACAGAAAAACAAGCCGACAAAUCCGAGUUCGAAUACCUCGUGUUUUUGUCUCGGCAAGUGAUCCAAUAUGGCUGCUAAGGUGGCUACCAGUACUCAGGGCAGUAGUGAAACACACGAGAGCCCUGGAGUUUCUUACGCCAGCGUGCUCAACCCAAAGAGUGCCGGCGAAUCUCUUCAACGUGCUGCGAGUAAAGAGAAUAAUAAGGAAAAUAUUGGUCAAGUAGCACCAGUACCAAUGAAAGAAAGAUCAACAUCGCAAAAUCAGCAAAAUACACCGCCAAGGGGUGGUAAAUCUUAUCAGAAAAGUGGUAGAAGAUUCAACUCUUUUCCUCCGCCUAAAACCGAACGACGACCUUAUCAUGCUAAUUCCAGUAAUCAUCAAGAACGAGAUAUUAAAGCUAGUCUAGAAGUUGCUCAGGAAAAAAAUUCAGUUGAUAAUCGAGUAAAUCAAGAAGAAAGAUUGAAUAACGGAGAUAUUGGAAGUGAUGGUGAAUUCCAGACAGUUGCUCCGAAAUCUGCUAGAAGAAAAGAAAAACUUCAAGAAAAAUACAGAGAUCAUCAUUUACACAGAGAAAGGCACAAGCAUCAUGAUAGACAUCAUCAUCAUCAUCCACGAGGACAAAGCGCCGGAAGUAAAGAAAGACCACAUAAAGAUAGGCCUGACAGACACUCUGGAGAGCAUCCACCAAGCAGAGAAGUUAGAGAAGAAAAGGAUGAUAUCACUAUGGAAGGUGAUUCAGAACCAGCACCGCCAGUUAAAUAUGUUGAAGCUCCAUUACCAGCAGUUAAUCCGUGGACCAAAAGUAAAGUUUCUGCACCACCUGUGCCUAGUCCAGCUCCACCUGUAUCUGCUCCAGCUCCAACUCCAGCUCCAGCUCCUGUUCCUAUUGCUGUUCCUGCUCCACCACCAGCAGCUCCAGCGACACAAAACACUGAGAAAGAGAAACGAGUCUUACAGCCACAGCAACAAGGAAAGAUUAUUGAAAAUGGUCCGACAAAUGGUGUUCAGCCAACUAUUGUAAAGGCACCACGAGAUAGAAGAAAAUUCAAUCAAAAGGCGAGCGACUUUACGGAUAUUGGAGACUGGCCGUCUUUAGGAGCUCAAGGCGAGAAAACACCUGUUCCAACUGCAAAACAAAACGGCGUGGUGGAGCAGACGAGUUCAAAGGAUGGCAGUUCCAGCAGUGUCGAGAGCAAGGGAAAAGAAAACAAGGAGCAGAAUCAUUGUCAGGAAGACAGUGAUGAACACAAUGAUGGCAGUGACCGAAAGAAGAAAGUAAAUAAGCAAAAAUGGGUGCCACUAGAAAUCGACCUUGCCAAAAGCAGAGGAAAACGUGAACGUUCACCAAAGCAUCAUAAUCAUCGAGAGAGAAAUGGUGAAGCACAUGAGGAGACUGGGAAGGAGAAAGAGUAUGAGAGGUCUGGAUAUGGCUACAGGAAUAACCGUGGGUCCAGAAAUUACAGAGGUCGGGGUGGCAGGGGGCGUAAUUCCGGGCGAGGUGGUUAUCGACAUAGGCAUGAUGUUGAAUACACUGAAUACCCUGCGGAUUACACACAGAUGAAUAAGUUUGGUCAUGCUGAUCCUUCAUAUAUGAUGCCUUAUAUGGGAACUUUUUACUUCAAUAAUGCAAGUUAUAUUAACUUAGAUACUACUACGCUCAAGGAAUAUAUUAGGAAACAAAUUGAGUACUAUUUCAGUGAAGAAAAUCUUUUAAGAGAUUUUUUUAUGCGACGUAAAAUGGAUGCGCAAGGUUUCCUUCCUAUUUCAUUAAUUGCUUCAUUUCAUCGAGUUCAAGCUUUAACGACAGACGUUACGCUGGUGAUUGAGUCGAUUAUAGAAUCAGACAAGCUUGAAAUGGUUGACUUGUUUAAGGUAAGGACUGUAAAUGAUCCAUUAAAAUGGCCAAUUCCAGUCGAUUCAGUGAGUCCUGUGUAUUCCGAUGCAUCCGAAACUCCACACAUGAUUCAAGCUCCACUUGAAUUGUGUACUCCAGUCAUUGCUGCGACAGAAUUUUGUCCAGCAGCAAGACCUUUAGCUACAAUUCCAACUCCUCCUCUUCCUCGUGUCAUACAAUCUGUUAUAAAUCCUCCAGCUAGAGUCAGUGAGUCUGAAAGUAUCUCAUUAUCAGUUGGUGAGACUUUGAAUCCUGACGUACCCGAGUUUAUUCCAGUUGUAAUGGCUGGAACCAAUGGAACUUUGGUUAAUCAUAAUUCAAGUAGUAUAGAUGAAGUAGUAACUACUGAAUUGAAGACUGAAUCUGAACCAGAAAAUAAAAGUGCUCCAUUAUCUACUGGUGCAGACACUAAUUUGUCUGAUACACCUACAGUACAAGUGAAUGGGACAGUUGAUUCGUCAGAUAAUGACGUCUGGAAAGAAGUUAAACGAAGAGUAAAACAACCACUAAGAGACAAAGCUGAAGAUAAAAUGAAAAGUGAUCAUCACAAGAAAGAAGAACGAGAGGAGUUGGAUUUUCAGUUUGAUGAGGAAUUAGACACUCCGCCGCCGACAGGUCGUCAUAAUGCAUUUUCUGAACUGUCUGAAGAUGAUGAUGAUUAUGAGCUUUCUGAUCGAGAUAUUAAUAAAUUGCUCAUUGUGACACAAAGUGCCAAUAUUCCGUCCAGAAUUCCAAAACAUGAAGGUCACGAUCGCACUGGUGAAUGGACGACAAGAGUUAAAAUGACUCAAGCAUUAGAACAAGCUAUCAAUGAUGGGUUGUAUUAUUAUGAAGAAGAUUUAUGGACUGAAGACGGCCAAAGAUAUGGAUCUUCAUCAUCUAUCGGGAGUUAUAAAACCGUAAAUGUGAUAAGUCAAGCAGCCUUCGAAAAAAUGGCUCCUAAAGCUCCUCGAAAAGCAAAUCCUGAGGUUCCGCCUCCACCACCUGCCACAGAAGAGUUGGAAAUUUCACAUUCGUUGCCAACGCAGAUUUCUAAUGCUGAUGACAGAAAAAGUCGUAGGAAUGAUAAACGAUCUCAUGAGAGAUCUCGUACUGGACGUCGAAGAGGUGCAGUGCCACGAUUUUUCGCAGUUGUUAAAGACAAACCUUCUGUGGAUCCUAAGACACCACGUAAACGCAAGACUCGUCACAGUAAUAAUCCACCAGUUGAACACCAUGUUGGUUGGAUAAUGGAUGUCAGAGAACAUAGACCUCGAACAUAUUCCACAGGAAGUAGUACAGGCACAAGCCCUAAUGAAGGAUUACCUGCAAGUUAUGGAAGUCAGCCCCAGUCACUGCCAACCUUCCAACAUCCCAGUCAUGCAAUGCUUAAAGAGAAUGGCUUUACACAACAAGUCUAUCAUAAAUACCAUUCAAGAUGCUUGAAAGAACGAGCAAGAUUAGGAAUUGGACAAUCUCAAGAAAUGAAUACACUCUUCCGUUUUUGGUCAUUUUUCUUACGUGAAAACUUUAAUCGUAAAAUGUAUGAGGAGUUCAAAACUAUUGCGAAGGAAGAUGCUGCGGAAGGAUAUCGUUAUGGACUUGAGUGUUUAUUCCGAUACUAUAGUUAUGGUCUGGAAAAGAAAUUCAGGCCAAGUCUCUAUAAAGACUUUCAAAUGGAAACAAUUACCGAUUAUGAGAGUGGUCAAUUAUAUGGACUGGAAAAGUUCUGGGCCUUCUUAAAGUAUUACGAACAUUCGGACAAAUUGUGUGUUGAUCCAAAGCUGCAGGAGUAUCUGUCGAAUUUUAAGAGCAUCGAAGACUUUCGAGUCGUCGAGCCCCAGAUAAAUGAGACGUCCCAGGGUGGUGGUAAUUUCCGUACAGCAACGAAACAUAACAAUCAUCGUAAUCGGAGUGUAUCUGAAAGUGGCAGAGAUGCUAACGCAUCACCUAGAAGUCGAGUUAGAAGAUUGUCAGGAGGUUCCAGCACAGUUACACUGCCAUCUUCUAAUGCCGGAAAGACAGCUCCAUUGCAAAAAAAGAUGUCGGGUUCUGUUAAUUUAAGUCAAUAUAGUAAUCGUUCUGGUUCUUUUGGGUCUGGCAGAUUGGGACAUUACAACUCCAAACGUCGAAAUGAUUCAUCAUCUAGUAGUCAGCCAAAUCUCAACAAGCAACAGUCAGAAAUAAGAAAUAAUUUUAUCGGUUUUUCAAAAAAGAUUCCUCCCCAGAAGUGAUAAUGAGGCGACUGAGUGAGUAUGUGUUCUGUAAAAUUGUUAUAAAAGAUAAUAAGAUUCUGAUCAUAUACAGUAGUUUUCAUAACAAUAAUAUCGGAAAUUUUGUCGCAGCUUCCUCAAGUCAAGAUAUAUUUAUAUUUUUAUUAUAACUUGAGGACUAUUUAUGGCACAAAUAAAUAGGAAGAAGAAAGAUAAAAUCUUAAGAGUGUGCCUAGCUGUCGCUUACAAUGAAUUUAUUGCGUUUAUAUACUAAACAUAGCUUUGAAUAGGUUGUUUUAGGAUUCAAAAAUCAUAUAAAGUAAAAUGAUUUUUGAAAGUGCGACAGUAAAUUUUUUUAUUCGUAAUGUUAACAGACGUACUCGAAGAAAAAGAUAGGAAAUGAGGGAAAUUUUUAGAAUUUUAACAAUUAUUUUGCAUAAAAGAGGUGGUACAGAAACAGGUGUUAUAAAUUGAAUCAUUUCAAUUGUAAAUUUUGUUUAUUCAAUUGUGCAUUAAGACAAUACAUUAUUUUUAAUGAAAAUUUAAAAGAAAAAAAUACCAAAUCAAUUUCUAGCAGGUCUAUGGGGAGUUUUACUGGUUAAAUUUUCAUUAUUUCCAAGUCUUCCAUCUUUAACAAUUUCUACGGUGUCAUAAAUGUUUUCAUUUUAAUCUAUUUAUCCAGUGAAAUUUCGUAAAGAAAAACAAAAAGAAAUUUGAUUAUAUAAUUAUUUUAUUGCAUAUUUAAAAAUAAUUUUCAACAAAAUGAAAUGAUCAGAGGUAAGAGAAAUGAGUAGUAAUAUCAAAAUUAAUGUGAAACCUCUAUACACAUUGUCCGAUAAUACGAUUAUCAAUGAAUUAUAAUCGCUUGAUGGAAAAGUAGCGCAACUGUCAUUGCCCGGUGCACAAUAAUUAUUAUUUCUAAUUAUAUUAUAUUUACUAUUACGCAGUAGUUUAUAAUCUAAUUACUUCCUAUGAAGAGUAGAAUUAGAUUGAUAAAAUGAAAAAGAAAAAAAAUACAAAAUAUUAAAAGAAUAUUAUCAUCACUACCAUUUAUAUAAGAACUAAAUACACGGAAUAAUGAUUAAAUUUUAUUAAUUAAAAAUUAAGGAAUAAUGCUGAAUUAUUAUAAACUGCUAAUAUUAAAAAAAAAAUAUUUUAGCUUUUAUAAUAAAUAUACAUAGAGCACUUAAUCUAAACUCAAUGGUAUAAAAGUGAUAAGCAAUAAAUACAAAUCGCCUUAUGGCUGUAGUAUAUUUUUUAAGCAAAAAUAACAUCACGAAAAAUAAAAUGGGAGACGAAGAAGACGGUAGUAAUAACAAUAAAAAUGUUGAAUAACGAUAAAUAACCAUAAUAAGCUUAAUAAUGAUGAGAGUGAUGACGUUGACGAUGAUAAUAAUAUUUAUAACAAAAAUAUUAUAAUAUUAAUAAUGAUAGUAAUAGUAACAUUGAAUACGUCAAGUAAGUGUAUCAUUGAUGAUAAAAUUCGAUUUAAUUUUUGUCACUCAUCCAUUGAAUUGUUUUUUUAUUGACAGACUAGUCAUGCACUGGGCCACCUGCGGUUUCUGCUUAUUCUUUUAGCAAAUAUAUAUUCGAUAUCGUAAAAAUGCCUACAUUGGUCAUAAGAUAAUUGGUAACUAUUUGUGACUAACAGUUUUUUAAUCGUCUCCCACGGAAUUUAAAAAAUGAGAGCUCAUUAUUCUCUUCCUCGAUUAUUAUUAUUAUUCUAAAUUUGAGGAUAUUCCAUAACUGAGUAAAAAGUAAAUAUAUAUUUAGGAUAUCAAUUUGGAGCUAAAUGAGUAUUUGCUUUUGUCACCUCCCAAGCGAGUUCUCGUGAAUAUAAAAACGACAUAUAUAUUAUGAUGAUAAGUAAAUGAGUUAGAAACAAUAUUAAUAGUUGAUAAUGAUAGUAGUUAUAAUUAAUAAGUAAUAAUCAUGAUUGAAUAUAGGUAUUAAGAAUCUUAAAAAAAUAAUAAUAUGAUAAUAAGAAUGAAAAUAAUAACGAUAUUAAUAUCGAUAAUAAUAUUUACCAUACAUCAUUGAUUUUGUACAUUACAAAAUGCGUAUUAUAAAUGCGAAUGCUAAACAAAAUAGUACUAUCGAAUAAUAAUUUGUUGGCUUUUUAAAUUAAAUAAAUAUAUGCAAUUAUAGAUAGCUCAAUCACUGCGUGUCCAUUGACUCAGACUGCAAUUCUGUUUACCUAUUGAAAAUAACAGUAAUAUUCACGUUUAUUCGUUCUAAUUAAAAAGAUAAAAUUUUUAAUUAUACAUUCAUGUCAGCUCAAAAUAUACAAUCAAAUUUUUGAAAGCAGUGAUUUUUUUCAAUAUUUGUAUUAUUUUUUCGAAUUUUAAAUUCAAUAUAGUAGCGAUUAUUAUCGGUUAAAUUCUUAACUAAUUUUGUGUUCAUAUUGUAGAAAAAAAAAAAAAAACAAAACUUGAAGUGGUGAAAACAAUAUUCGGAAAAAAAAACUUAUUAGAAACGAAAAAAAAAAUAAUGGAAACAAUCGCUCCUCAACCAUCACUGGCUGUGUGUCAUUUUUCUUCAAUACUUUAUACUACAUUUAUCGUUUUUAAAAUAUUUCGAUAAUAAUCAUAACGAUGAAAUAAGCACGAAUAUUAUUCUGAAAAAUGUGAAAAAAAUACAAUAUAAAUAUUUUUUAAGUUCGAUAAAUCUUAAAGGGUAGUUUAUUAAAUUUUUAAGGAGUUCGUUUUAUUAUGGUUUACGUCUAUUGUGAUGAAGUAUGUCUAUAUAACUGACAUAAAUAUGCCUCGUAUCGUUAACAAUUAAUAACCAAGUAAUUUUAAUAAUUGAAAAAAAAAAAAAAAUUUCCAUAUCGAUUGAAGAAUUUGUGAAAGUGAUUGGAAACGAUCUCCAAAAAACAAAAAAAAAUAAUAAUAAUAAUAAUAUGCCUUACGGCAAAAAUUCUGACCUUGUAAAAAUAUAAAUAAUAGAUUAUGCGUAUACUUACUAUUGUUACUUAUACUUUAUACAUUUAUAAUUAUUUAAUUGUAAGGCUUACUAUAGAUAUAAUGGGUGGGGUUAAGUGUCGAUGACAACGACAAAUAUGUGUAAAAAAAAAAAAAAAUGAGAAUUACAUAUACAUAUAUAUACUCAUAAUAAAUGUAAUAAUACGCACGAAUUAUUGAGGGGAAGAAAAGUUAUCUCAAAUUUGAGAAUUUAAUUUCGCACAACCUGUAGAAAUGUACAAUUAUUUAAUUUUCGACAAACUUUUUUUGUUUUAUGUAUAAAAAAUUGUUUUCUUUAUUUCUUUUAUGUUGAAAGACUAAUCUAGUGCAUAUAUGAGUUUUUUUAUUUACAAUCCAAUAAUGAACUCUUCGAACUGACUUCCGAUAAUAUCGAUGAGUUGGUUUAAAUUAAAAAAUGAAUGAAAAGUCGUAACGAUUUAAAAAAACAAAUCGAAUCAAUUACAAAGUAAUUUAGAAGACAAAAUCGAGUCAACUGUAAGUCUACAAUGAAAGAUUUAUUCAACGAAAUUAUUCUUCAUUUAUAUAAAAUUGUAUUUCCGUCUUGAAAUGAAUGUGAGUAACUAAUUUUAUUGUUCGUACUAAAUAUUACAGUGCCUUUGAUAAAAAUACAUUUAGCCUAUUUUAUACGACUCGAUUUGUCUUUCUUAUGGAAUAUAUUUUAUUAAAUUCCCUUCAUAUUAAUUGUAUAAUCAUUCAUAAUCCACAUGUCUUUAAUUCUUCCUAACAAUAGCUUUUUCAAUAAAAAAAAACAAUUAAAAAUAAUAAAACUGACAAAUAGAAAAAAAAGUACUAGCAUAAUCGCAUUAUAUAAUUAUUGUUACAGUGCGUUAAUAACUAAAGACUCUCAUGUCUGCCAUGUAAAUAUUAAAGAAAAAAAAUACUAUAUAUAAUCAGAUAUAUCUUUAAAGUAGACUAUUAAGUUAAAAAUGGAUUUAAAAAAAAAAAUUGGCAUAAUUACAGUGAUUGCGGACAACGUAGAUAUUGUAUAGACAUUAAAAAGUGAAAAUGUAUCGCACGUGUGUCUGAUUUUUGAGUCGUGUAUGCAUACUUUGGAGUAUUGUAAUGUUUGUGAAUAUAUAAAAUAAAAAAACCAAAAAAACCA